AUGGACCUUUUGCGAAUACUGGAUACCACUCCCGAACCUCCGAUUAUCGAUCCAAGCCAUUUCAAUCUUGAGUAUGAUGUCAGAAAUGGAGAUUACAGAUUAAUCACUCCACUAAGUGAUUUCCAGAAAGAAUUAAUUGAUCAGAUAGUGUCCUUGCAUUAUAGUGAUAUUCUGAAGUUCUAUGAGCGAAUUGGUCAAGAUGAAAAGAAUCAAUUAGAAAGUACCCAGGAUCAAGUAAUCUUAGACAGUUUAGAGACUCUACUAUUAAAUACUCAACUAGUAGUCAACCAUCCUUAUUUACUGAUAACACACUACAUGCCAAAAUCUUUGGUGACAAGAGAUAUUUCACAAUUAUUGAGUGCCACAAGUGGUAAGUUUAAAAUACUGGGAUACUUGAUGGAGAGUUACAUCGAGUGCAGAAAUAAACUAUACAAAGACAAAAAACGCCGAACUAAUGGUGCAGGAAGCGCAACCAGUUCACCCCCCGAAACCCACAUUGUUGUGGUCUCCCGUCCUGGAAAAACUGUAGAUUUGUUGGAAGGGUUUCUAACUAGCUUCAAGGUUAACAUUCGGAAAUACCACGGUACUAAACCUAGAGAUAUGAAUAGAAAAUUACACAACGUGACUGUCCAUCUGAUACCUUCCAAGAAGGAAGAAAUGAACAAAGAGAUGAUGAAAGAGCUGCUGGAAAACCGUAUCUCCGUUUGCUUCCUAUUUGACAUUACGUGCCUUAAUAAUAGUGGACAAGACCAAGAUAUGAAUGAUUUCAUCCUUGCAUUACUGUUCAACAAAAGGGAAGCUAGAAGUUCACCAGCACCCAUGGUGAGGCUAGUUCCCAUUAACACGGUGGACCAUAUUGCAAUUUAUUUCAGAGAGAAGAGCAAUUCCAACCGUGAUUCCUUAACUCGAUAUUUAAAGCCGAUGAUUGCUGCAAUCGUCGUAUUACGAGACAGGGUUGGUGUUAUACCUAGCGAAUUACGACCGAUAUAUGCUACCAACUUGUCUUAUUUAAAUGACUGGCUAUCAUCUUUGGAUACAGACAAAAUACUGGACUGGCCUUUACCCCAAUUGCCUUCGAUUCCAGAAUUCACAUCGCUGGAUGUAGAAAUGUCUUUAUUGACUGAGGUUCGAUAUGAUCCUGAGGAAGAUCAAAAAGUGAACGAACAUGACGAUGUGGAACUUGUAUUAAGAAAUAUGGUUAAAAAACAACGAGAGCAACAACACAUACUGUACUAUGAGCUCAAACGUCUUGUGCAGGAUUAUUUAACAAACCCGUUGAAGAUUCGAAACGUAGCUUUCGUUAUUGGAAUACACAAUAUGAAUGACGCAAGCCCUUUGCAGUCGAGACUUCUAACCCAUACGUUGAUACAUCAAUUUGGAGUCCAUUCUAUGGUUUUAAGAACAAGAAAUGACCAUCUGCGGACAUUUGACUGCAUCACCAAAAUUAGAAAUACGGACGUUUUGACAGUCUAUCAGCAAAUGUCCAAAAUUGCGGAUGAUAUCAAUGUAAUACAAAGGAAAAUGAACUACUUAGAUGCUAGGAUAGGUAAAGCCAGUAAGAUUGCAAAAUCUUUUGAAGGGAUCUUCACGUGCUUAAAGAAUGAAGUGGUUUCUCUACCUGUGAACAACUCACAGGUAACUGUGUAUUCUGAGUUCUACAAUUUUCAAGCCUUGGUUAAGGGUAUGAGACAUCGAAAAACCAAUUUGAUAAAUGAAAGUACAUAUCUGAAAGAGCAGAUCGAUGAAGCCAUCAAAUCAACCAAUGAUUCGCACCAAAAACUAGAGGUGCUACAUGCUAACCUACGAAUGGAAAGUAUGUGUGUGUCAGGGUUGAAUUACCGUCCGCAUGGCAAGUUAGAUAAAGACGAAGAACUGUCCAGUCUGAAAGACGAGGUUUCAAGAUUAACAUGUUUACAAGAAAAACAAUCGAACCGAAUUGGUUUGAUCUUGGGAAAAAUAAAUGAUACUCACCUUAGGGCAAGAUUAAAUAAAAAAUGA